CUGUGCGAAUUAAGUACAGCGUGUCACUUAUCUGAUAUUUCCAGCACUUUUAUAUCAAUAGACCAAGUGCCCUUAGUGAUUUCCAAGCAACGCACAGUUUACUGUUUCAAUUGUUUGCCCACGAAUCACGAAGUCCAGUAAAAAAUUUAAUGAAUAGAGAGUUGAAGUUCAACAAUCAUUACGUUGCACUACAGUGCUCAAAACCAGCAAUUCCCCGUGGGAUAUAUCUAUAACCGAAAGCGUACCACUUACCUUUUUAUGAUGGUUUCUACUGUAUGCAGUGGUGCUGGUGAAUGGAGUGUGGAGUUAAUAACUGAGUGAAACUUAUGGCCUAUGUCAUUGGCUUCAGAAGGCCCAGACAGUAAAUCCGGUACUUCCAAUAUGUUCGCUGAUACAACACACCUCUCCUCCACCAGACCAAAAAUGCAAUUUGAUGGUAACUCAGGGAUAUUCUACCAGGGCCGUUCAAAAACUACUUUUUCGACAAAAAACGCUAGUGAGUUGAAGUGCAAUUUAUCUAAAACAGGAAAUCGCACAUGUCAAUAUGGCUUCAGUAAAUCAAGCAUUUAUCCGUUUGGAAAAAAAGCCUCUUCCCAUGUGUAUAUUAGCGAUGGACUUUUAUGUCGAGAUUUGGCGAUCAGAAGUUUGGGCAGCAAUCCUAAACUAUGUCAAAGGCAACGAACUUUAUGUCAUGCUAGACCAAGACCCAGAUCUUUACCGACAGACCUAGAGCUUGAAUCUUUCUUACCUGUCAUUGGACAACAAAGCAAUGUAUUUGGAAGAGAGGAGACCGUAAUGACACCAUCCAAAGAAGGAUAUCAUCCAAGAAGCAAUUCUCCAACUUAUCGCACUUUGAUAGAGACGAAAGAAAUUCUUGUUCUCGAGUUAUGCAAAAAAUUGCGCGAAAUACGACGAGAUUUGGAUGGAAUAAAAGCGCGCAAGAAUUCGGCAGUGAUUAUUGAGCGCCCGAUUCCGUCUGAAACUGGUGAUGCAUUUGACGUCAAUGAUUGGUACAUUAAAAUGUAUGAUGUAUUACAAGAUGGUGAGUUUAUGGUUAAAGAACCACUUAACGUAGAGGAUGUUGAUCACGGCGCUGGUGAGCCAGAGACUUUAGUAUUUGACAAUGCGAUCCCCGAAAUGCGACUUAAUUUCUCUGCCGAAUAUUUACGUGCACAUAUAAAUGACCACGAAAUCAUUGGGAUGAAUGUUGAAGAAGUGGAAAAACGAAUAAGGGAGAUACGAAAUAUGGAGUUGAGCAAAAAGAAAAAAGUUUGGGAUGUCCCCAUUGGUACUCCGCCAGAACUCUUUUCCCAGAGGAAGACGAAAUCAAGGAAGAUAGCAUGGAAACCAAAGCCUAAACGUAGGCCUAAAGACUUACCGGUAGUUCUACCUCAAGUUAAAAAGACUAAAUUUAAGGUCAGUAAAUCAAAUACAAAAAAUGACUCCCCAGCGAAUUACGUUCUUUCGCCAAUUUUAGUGAUUACUGAGAAUGAUUUGAACAAUGAAGAGCCUAUAGCGAAAUCUGUGAAGAAACCAGAAGUUAUUGAGCAUAAGCAACCACAACAGACACCAACAUCUCCAGAGAUUAACAAUAACAUUGAAUCUGAAGUCAGUACAGAGAAGACACCAUUAAUUCCAGAGAUUAUUGGCCAUGUGAAGCAAUUCGAUAACCCGAAAGAAAAACCUACCAAUCGCAGUGGCACUGGUCCUGCUUCAUCAGUUCUCAAGAACGAUUUGAAUGAGUUAUCACCCCUAUCACAACGUCUUAUAGGAUCUUCAAUAAAACCCAAGAUUAUCGAAGAUGUUGUGCCUCAAGUAGCAGUGGAAAAAAAGAAACCUUUGACAGAAAAAGAAAAGUUCCUUGUGAUGCGGAAACGGAUGGAGGAACGUAAGGCAGCACAGAUGAAGAAGAAAGAGUCUUACCGAGAUAUUUCUAUGCUAGGCCUACGUUUUGAUAAGCAACGGGAACGGCGAGGUAAACUUGGAAACAUAAUAUCUUCUAAGAUUGAUAGUAUGUUAGCAUUUGGGGAUGACGAUGAAGACGAGGAUGAUGACGACGAAAGCAUAAUAGACACGGAUGAAGAACUGGAACUUAAAAACUUACCUGCUUGAAAACAAUAAAAACAAUUUAAAUUGCCAAAUGUCACCGAGAGGUUAUUUUAUCAGUACAGUAUUUAAAACGUAUAAUUUAUAUUAUAUAUUUUGAGUGAUGUUUUAAUAUCGCUAACUAAGUUUGCUGCAGACGUCGUUUAAUACUUUGGAACUUGUAUUGUGUUUUUAUUGUAACAGGUAGAGAGGAUUUUGGCGAUACCAUGAAAUAGAAUACCGUGCAAUA